AUGCCUUCUCUCCUUUCCGCUGCCACUCUUUUCCUACUCGUUUCUGCGUUAGUGGUUCGAGAUGUCGCAGCCGUUCCCAUGCGACCCCGUCAAUGCACUCGUGUUGGUGCCGCAGCGCCCCUUCCAUCCGCCUCCCCUGUGGCCAACGCGACCUCCGAUGCGUGUACACAGGCUCGACUCGACAUCCUCGUCUCUCUGAUUGUAUCAGAAGACGCCACCAGCAAGAUCAACUCUACUGACCCUACUACCCAAACCGCCGUGGAUGCAGCGGAGCAAGGGUUCAACUUGACCUUCACCGGUAUCAAGAGCAUUGCCGGUGCAAUUUUCACCAACCAGAGCCCACCAGCGGCUUCUCGCGACCAAGUUGGGCAAGGCAUUACCGAUACUCAGACUGCGCUGCUCAGCAUCAACGGAACAGACGCCACUGAUCCAAACCUUGCAUUGGCCCAGCAGUCUCUUGGGGCUGCAGCCGUUGCCGCGAACGCUGUGGUUGAGAACUGCAAGUGA